UUUGCGGUUCUUAUUACUGCCACUGCCACUAUCACUACCAUUCAGCAAACCAAGGCGCGUCGGUUCUGCGAGUACAAUGGCUUCUACCCAUGAACAAACCACCGAUCAGGUUUUGGUGGAAGAGAAAUCAUCUGCGAGAAUUUUCACGAUGAACAGGCCUAAGCAGCUUAAUGCACUUUCUGCGGCAAUGGUGUCUCGUUUAUUGGAUCUCUUUCUUGCUUGUGCCGGAGAUUCUUCUGUCAAAUUAAUUAUUUUAAAGGGAAAGGGAAGAGCAUUUUGUGCUGGAGGUGAUGUUGCAGCAGUUGUUCAUGAUAUUAAUCAAGGUAAUUGGAAGAGGGGUGCAGAUUAUUUCAGAAAGGAAUUUACGAUGAAUUAUGUGAUGGCAACAUACAGUAAACCCCAGGUUUCGAUUCUUAAUGGAAUUGUCAUGGGAGGAGGUGGAGGUGCUUCUAUACACGGUAGAUUCCGCAUUGCUACAGAGAAUUCGCUUUUUGCUAUGCCUGAAACAGCUCUUGGACUUUUCCCAGAUGUAGGUGCUUCCUACUUUUUGUCAAGACUCCCCGGUUUCUUUGGAGAAUAUGCUGGUCUGACAGGUACGAGGUUGGAUGGCCCUGAAAUGCUUGCAUGCGGUUUAGCAACUCAUUUUGUUCGAUCAGAGAAAUUGCAAUUAUUAGAAGCAGCACUAGUUAAAGCAGAUUCCAGUGUUCCUGCUGUUAUCUCUUCUAUUAUCGAUGAGUUUUCAGAAAUACCUGAUUUGAAAAGGAAUAGUGCUUACCACAGGUUGAACAUCAUUAAUAAAUGCUUUUCCCGAAGAACAGUCGAAGAGAUUAUAUCAGCCCUUGAGAGAGAGGCUGAUGAAAAGAAGGAUGAUUUUAUUACUUCGACAAUUCAGUCGUUGAAGAAAGCAUCCCCUACGAGCCUCAAAAUUUCUCUUAGAUCGAUUAGAGAAGGAAGGCUACAAGGUAUUGGCAACUGCCUCGCUCGAGAAUUCAGAAUGGUUUGUCAUGUGCUGCGCGGCGAAAUCAGCAAGGAUUUCGUCGAGGGUUGCAGAGCUAUACUGUUGGACAAGGACAAAAAUCCAAAGUGGGACCCGUCGAGGUUAGAGUCGAUUAGUGAUGAAAUGGUGGAUCGUUAUUUCUCCAAGAUGAACGAAGAUGACUGGGAAGAAUUGCAACUCCCGGUUGGAUCAAAUUUGCUUCCGUAUGCCGUUGCUAAGCUUUAAAUUUUAUUAUUCUUGAUGGCUUUUACAAUAACGGGAGAUUUUUUUUAAGUUCAUAAAUUGUUUCAAAUUCAGUAAUGAAAAUCGGGUUUAUUGUAUUUGAUAAUCUAAUGCCAUCGUAUAUGGAAUUCUCGGAGUGAAAUAACGGUUCACACCUUUUUGUUAUGGAUGGACACGAUAUCUUUGGCCGUUGUAAAUCAACAAUUGUGAUCAAGGGAUUUUCGAAACC